GCAAAAGGGCCAGUGUUUGUUUGGAUCUGCAGGCUAGACGCUGCGCCAGCCGUCAGUUUCGCAGCGCGCUGCCUGGCUACGCUUCUCUCAUCGUCAAGCAGUUCUUUUAAGCGUAGGCUAAGCGCGUCUCCGCCCGUCCGCAACUACAUAUCUGUUCUUCACCUUUGUUAUUGUAAAAUAUAGCCUGACUAGAGGAUCCGCGUUACAAGAAAGAGGCUGCUUCAUACAAUAUUAUCUAUCCAGGAGGAAACUAAAACGCCAGGGAUUUGCUGAAGAUGGUUAAAUUGGGGAGUUAUUUGCAAGACAAAGGCACCAAAACGGCCAGUGUGGAGGAUGGCUUUAAAAACGUUCCUCUCAUCACGCCCCUGGAUGUCAAUCAGCUUCAGUAUCCGGCCCCAGAUAAGGUUGUGGUGAAGACACGGACCGAAUAUCAGACGGACCAGAAGAAGAGUAAGAAGGUGCCGAAGGUGGAGGAGUUCACCAUCAGCUUCAAUGACGGCGUUUCAGAAAGACUCAAGGUGACCAUUCUCAUUUUCCUGGCCCUGGCGUUCCUGGCCUGUAUAGUAUUCCUGGUGGUGUACAAGGCCUUCACCUACGACCACAGCUGCCCAGAUGGCUUCAUUUACAAGCACAAGCGCUGCAUCCCGGCGUCUCUGGAGGCCUACUACACCGCCCAGGACAGUAACUCCCGGGGCCGCUUCUAUACGGUCAUCAGCCACUACAGCAUGGCCAAGCAGACCACCUCCCGCUCCGUGUCUCCCUGGCAGCCGGGGGGGGCACCCCCGCACGACGCCAAGCCCCCCAGCACAGAGGGCCACUGAACCCCCGGACCCCGAAACGCCCUCUUUUUAACGGGAACCCCCCCAUCCCCUCCCCCGCACCACAUGUACCGCACCCUUCUCUGAUUCGCUGAGCUCUCAGAGCCACGGAGAGAGGCCGCCUCCCCCCCAUUCUCUCGGCUCCGCCCAUCACUCGUCUCACGUACUGUAUUCUAUGCCCCUUUGUUUGUUUGUUUGUUUAUUUAUUUUUAAUCUCGUAAAUUUCGCUGUUUUGUAUUCGGUAUUUGGAGCAACCAAUGGCUUGUACAAAGGCAUGCAUCCGUGUGGAAAUUCUGUGUAAGUUUUUUCCGUAAGUUAUUUGUUUUGUACGCAAUUUCGGUGGAAUCCAUUUCCCUCCAAGCUGGCAUCUUGUACUUCACGCAGUAAAAGGCAUGUGGUUAUUACGAGAAAGGGAAGAAAUUUGAAACCUACUUCUUUUACAAUCAUUUUCAUGAAACAUCUGUGAUGAGUAGCUGUUCCUUAAUUUAUUAAAAAAAAAUGAAUAUGCAUUGUGAAAACUGGCUAUAAGCCAUUUAUGGUCAUUUUAACUUGUAAUAUUUAACUGUGUAUCAAAAGCUAAACAGUUAUUGUAAAUGUCACAAACUUUCUGAGUAACACUCAACCAAACUUUGACAAAUGAAAACAUUUGAAGAUGCUAACAUCUUAGCAGUUUUAACUGGGUGUACAGCAGCGUGGGAUAUGGUCUCAACGGCUUUCCACAGUUUCACUCUGUGUAGUGAGCAAUUUUACAAUGGUAUUUUAACUCUUUUCUCAGUGGGAAAUGUUGUAUGAGAGGUGGGGACCAGAUGGAAGGACGAAAUCAUAGGCGACUUGUGGGCCCUAAAACUCGAUGUGGAAACGUUGAGGUUGAUCACAGUUUGCCUGAACCUUGACGGUAACCGAUAGCCCAAUGCUAAAGUACCAACUUAGCAACACUUUACACUUCAUGCAAACUGAAAAAAAUGUUACUUUUUCAUCAGUUAAAAAAUAAUAUCUUUCUCAUAUUUGUGGUGUAGUUUGUCAGUAUUUAGCAGAUCUUGGUAUUUUUCAAGUGUGCUUCUUUUAGUUUUAAAACAAAUGAAAAUAAAGCAAUGUGUGUCAAA